GGUCUGUGACAGGAUAGCACAGAUGAAGUAGUGAUCUCAGACUGAAAGUUCACUGCUUGGAGGUGCUGUGGAGAAGUUUAGCUGCUGAAGUUCUCAAGUGUAAACUUCCUCAUGAUCUGGGAUCGCUGCACUCACAGGAUACAUCUCAGACCUCCAUCAGCUGCAGUUCCUGGUACGAAGUAAGAGUUUCCCUACAAGUGAUUCUCUGUGUGCUUGGGGACAAUAAAGAGACAUGGGCUCUGUUAUCCUGAGAGUCAUUGUGCUGCUGGCAUUAACCGGACUUGCUAUCAGUAAUAAUUAUGGAGAUUACAUCCAUAAUCAGACUGACACCUCUGCUAAAAACAGGACCUUUCUUGACCGUUCAAUGAGACAAAACGGUACCAUUCUCUUAUGCCCUGAGAGGAUUAAAAUCAGCUACGUCUUCAAGUACAUAAACACUACCUUAUCCUGUGUUAUUUUCAUCAUUGGGAUGGUUGGGAAUGCAACUCUUCUGAGAAUAAUCUACCAGAAUAAGUGCAUGAGGAAUGGACCAAAUGCUCUGAUAGCCAGCCUGGCACUUGGAGACCUUAUCUACAUUGUCAUUGACAUUCCCAUUGUUGUGUUUAAGAUUCUUGCAGAACGAUGGCCCUUUGAUCAGUCUCCAAUUGGAGCAUGUCUUUGCAAGCUGGUACCAUUCAUACAGAAGGCUUCUGUUGGAAUCACAGUGCUCAACUUGUGCGCUCUAAGUGUAGACAGGUACAGGGCAGUUGCAUCAUGGAGCCGGGUUCAAGGCAGUGGGAUCCCUCUUAUCACAGCGAUGGAAAUUAUCUCCAUCUGGGUUCUUUCAUUUGUGCUUGCAAUCCCUGAGGCUAUUGGAUUCGUCAUGAUACCAUUUGAAUACCGAGGAGAACAGUUUCAAACAUGCAUGUUCAAUGCGACAUCGCCAUUUAUGGAGUUUUACAAGCAUGCAAAGGAUUGGUGGCUGUUUGGCUUUUACUUCUGUGUACCCCUGGCAUGUACCGGAAUAUUUUAUACCCUAAUGACGUGUGAGAUGCUGCACCAAAGAAAAGGAAGUCUGAGGAUUGCCCUUAGUGAGCAUCUUAAGCAGAGACGUGAGGUUGCAAAGACCGUUUUCUGCUUGGUUGUGAUAUUUGCUCUGUGUUGGUUUCCCAUGCAUCUGAGUAGAAUAAUUAAGAAAACUGUAUAUAAUGAAAGGGAUUCGGGACGGUGUGAGCUUCUCAGUUUUCUACUCGUUAUGGAUUUCAUCAGUAUGAACUUGGCCGCGCUCAACUCAUGUAUAAAUCCAAUAGCUCUCUACUUUGUCAGCAAGAAGUUUAAAAAUUGUUUUCAGUCAUGCCUAUGUUGCUGUUGCCAAUCAAAGACUCUCACAAGUACGUCUCCUAUGAAUGUCACCAGUAUCCAGUGGAAAAAUCAUGACCAAAAUUACUACAUUGCUGACAGGAGCAUCCACAAAGACAGCAUGAACUAACCACAUCCUCCGCCUUCAAUGGGAAUCAUAAUCAAAAUGAAUGGCUUUCUUCAAAGCUAAUCUUUUUCUUUUUUUUUUUUUUUUUACAAACCGCAAAGAAUUACCGGUAUAUAAAAAGACAACUAGGAAUCUGCCAUCCAGUUUGGAAAACUAACUGGAGCACCGUUGAAUCAAUGCUACAAGAGCAUGGUUCUUAUUGACUGUAAUACAGUCUUCAUGUUGUUUUUCUUGGUGAUGUUUGCAGGUGGGGACAAUGUUGUCCUACAGAUGGACCAAAGAAAAAUCCGAAAAAGGAAUUUUGGCGUCAGAUGUUACAGUAACUUCUGCCAUGUUACAUAUA